AGACAGACAGACAAACAGACAGACUGUCAAAUGGAUGGUCAAAUGUGACUGCGGGAAGCCACUUGAUGGGGAUGGGUACUAUCUCACCACAUGUAAGUAUGUCUGGACUCACACAAUAGUUCGAACAUGGUCUGAGUGUCUCAGCCAGCUGCAUGUUGUUCACAAGAUUGAACCAAAACACCGUUUUCUGGAUUGUGACAGCAGACCUGACAUAUACAUGUAUGUUGUGGAUCCUGACUCCAGUAAAGAAGUGGAGUUAGACAUCUCUUUGGCACAUCCAUGGGCACUUGACGCUCUUCCAAAAGCAGCCCUAGAAGAUGGUACAGCAGCAACUCGAAGAGAAAUGCUGCAAAAUGACAAAUACGUCAAAAAGGUACGUCCUGGUGGAACUACACUGAAUUUCAUUCCUCUGGUGAUGGAGCACUUCGGUCGAUGGAGGCAAGAGGCCCAAAAAUAUCUCAACCAGCUCUCAACAAUAGCAACAUGAACAACUGAGGGCAGACAGAACAAGUUCAAGAACUACUGGAGGAUGCGAUUCUCAAUUGCGAUGCAGCAGUGCAAUGCAAAAAGUGUUACUGCAGAAGAUGAGCAGAGUCCAGUAUAGUGUGCUCAGUUGGUGCCAUUAGUAACUCUGUUAGCCUAUUGUCAACUGUCUGACUCUUACUCGUAGUUAGGGACCUCUUGGGUCCUAGUUCUCUUAGAUCUUGCUGAUUUUUAGCGUAGACUGUAAUAAUGUCUUGUAUAAGAAAUAUAUGUAUUCACAGACAGACAGACAGACAGACAGAAAUA